CGAGAGACGUUGAGUAAUUUGCAUGCCAGAAAUCUGUCUUGUAAAAACAGAUGAGAGAGAAAUUUUUCGAUGCAAACUAGCACGAUCAUCACGAGAGGAGAAGAAAUUAGCGUUUCUUUCGCAAUAGCAUGGCUCAAUUUUGGAAGAUGCUGAAGGAUUUGGAGGACGGGCCACCAUUUUUGUGUCCGAAAUGCGGUCGUACUUAUUCCCACAAGUGCAACUUAACGAGACAUUUACGGUUGGAAUGCGGUGUCGGGCCAAGAUUUCAAUGCGCCUGGUGCAAGAAACGAUUCAAGCAUCGACAUCAUCUGAGGGACCAUCAGAGAAUCCAUCUUUAUUCGAAUUGCACGUUUGAACUGCGAAAUUGAGAUACUUUCUCUUCUUUCAUUAAUUAUUUAUAUAUAUAUAUAUAUAUUUUUUUUUUAUAUAUUUUUGCCAACUUGUUCAAUUUGUUCAUUUUAUUCGAUUAUUUAUUUUUCUCUAUUUAUUUAUUCUUCGAUCAUUCGUUUAUUUAUUUAUUCGUUCGUUAAUUUAUUCGUUUUGUUCGUUCGUUUAUUUAUCAGUUGAGAAAGAAAAAUAUAUUUUUAUUUGAAUUGUUAUUAAACGUUAUUUAAUUAGACGACAAUAUUAAUAUAAUAGUUCGAGACGAAUGGUAAUUUCUUCUCUCUGUUAUUUAUGUAUGAUAUGUUCAUUGUGAAGAUAAUUGCGUAUAUGAUGUUCUAUUUUUCUUUUCUUUUUUUUUUUUUUUUGAAUGCUACUUGUACUUGCUUUAAAACUUUAAACUUGCGUUUAAAAUUGCCAAAUAUACUAUACGAGAAAAGAGAAGAAAGUACGGUAAAGUUACAAAAUACACAGGGCAUUCAAUCGAAUGGAGGGAGAAAACGGUGUUAUAGGGGAGAGCGAAUAUCCAUCGGUAUUGAAUUAAAAUAUCAGAUUGAUUUCUUAUCUAAAGUAAGGAAGAUAUAAUGCCAUUUUAAAGAGUGUUCAUUACGAGAAUAUAUAUUAUUUUUAUGCGCAUCGUUGUACAUAAAUAGCUAAAGUACUUAAAAAAAAAAAAAAAAAAAAAAAAAAAAGAUAACAAAAUAAA